GAUCAGACGAGCAGCUAUUUGGAUCAGUUCCGUGAGGCAUCGAAUCCGUAUUAUAUGCCACCAGCGCCGGCGCACAGUGGAGCGACGGCCAAUCCGGCUGGCAAUGCGGCGGAUAAGAGUCAAAAUCCACUGAAUACGGCAGCUGGUUCAUAUCCAUUUCUGGCAGCAGCACAUCCCUCGACACGAGCGGCGGCAGCUUAUCCAUUUGCCGCCUCGCAAUUGGAUGCAAAUUCGCAGCUAUAUCAGCAGUAUCUGCGUCGCGAUGAUUUCCACGCACGGAUGAUCUUCAAUCAGAGCCUGUUGGGCAGUCCGGCUGCAGCUGCUGCUGCCGCUGGCUAUGGCCAGCCACCGCCGCCGCCUGCCGCCUACAGACCCUCGGCGUUGGGCAUGACCAAGCCAUAUGAUAUCAAUCGACAAUGGUUUUAGCAGUACGCCAGCGCCGCCAAUGUAGACUUGCAGGGCGACGACUUGAAUGCGUCAUCUGCAGCAACCACAACGGCGGCGACAACGGCAGCAGGUGGCGCAUCAACCGCAGCAACAACUGCAGCAGCAGCAGCAGCGACGGCUGCACAAACUCAGCGAUGAAGAGGUAUCAUCAUCAUCGAGCGGGUGGUGGCCUUCUUUUCAUCAUUAUAUAUAUAAUUUCUGAUCUGAUAUUAGAAUAUAUCUAAUAAUUAAUUGCUGACUCGAAUUCUAGUUUUGUUAGAUUCGCGACGACUGUUUUCAUUGUGUAUGUGUGUGUGCCCUGAAACUGAAACCCCUCAAACCAAACCUCUUUGUGCCCUAAUCCUAGUGUUAACUCUUUCGUGCUUCACUUCUAUUGUGCAAUGUUUCCAAACUGUUUCCCACUGAGUAGUCCCCACUCCGCCCCCGCCCCGCUCCGUUUAACUGCACAUGACACACCGUUCGCAAGUUACUUGGUAGUUUUCUUCAUCUUAGAACAGUCUUUAGUUGAUAAGUAUUUUUGUUAGCUUGUAAAAAACGAGUUUAGUUUGUUUAGAGAACGACAAGCUGGAUUGAGAAACACACAAAACAAAAACAAAAAAACAGAACAGAUUCUAAGAAUUGUUUCAAAAAAGCUUCCGACUAUAUAUCUUGUAGGCCUUUAGUUUUCAGAAUUUAACUAAAAUUGUAAAUUAGCUAUUAUUAUAUUAUAUUAUAUAUUAUUACUAUUAUUAUUAUUACUACUAUGUACUACUAUUAUUAGUUUUUAUACGAUCGUGCAGCGGGUAAUUUGUUGAAAUAUUUAUUAAUAUAUUCCAAAAAAACAAAACAAAAAACAAAUCGAAAACAAUACAAAAAUUGCAAACAAUUUUUAGUUCAUAGAAAGCCAAACAAGUUGUACUAUAAACUUUUGUUAAUUAUGCUAAGUAUGGUCUAAACUUAAAUCCAAAGUAAACAACAACAGAGAUAAAUAAACAUUAACUCACACCCACACACUAACACAUUCAUACACUCACACACACAAACGUAUAUACUCAUAGCUCGCAUGUGCAACAUUCCGCCAUGAUUUCAGAAUCCUUUCCGGAAUCAUUUUCGCUGUACAUACAAACACACAGAGUUUAAACAACAACAAGAACAACAAAAUACACAUCUCAAAUUGUAGCUUUAAAUGCUGUAAAAAGAAAAUGAAUGAAAAACAAACAAAAGAAACAAA